GCCGAAAAGAGAAGAGCAACAAAAAAAAAAAAAAAAAAAAGUUUCAGUUUUGCCAAUAAGUAUCAAAAACUCGAGUCCUUAUCUCCACUCUCAAAUCUCUCGCAGAACCCUUAAACCUUAUCCCCUCCCAAAGCAGCGAGAGAGCUUUAGCCUCGAGAAAUCUCAAAAGCUAAAGCCAUGUCUGCCUCCGCUUCCUCCAUCUCCUUGUCCUCCUUCAACCCUAAAUCCCUUCCUCUCUGCGUUUCCAGGUCCGCCUCCGUCUUGCCUCCUUCCCUCUCCUUCAAGCUUCACUCCCACCAUCUCGUCUCCAUCUUCGCUUCCUCCGCCGUCAAAUGCUCCUCUCCCGCCGAAUACCCGUCCCGGUUUGUCAGGAACGUCGCCGUAUCCUCGGAUUUCGAGGUGGAGGAAGACGACAUGUUCGCUGACGAUGAUUCGCCGCCGGAGCGCAGCUCCUUCUCCGCUGACCUCAAGCUUUUCGUGGGCAACCUUUCCUUCAAUGUCGACAGCGCUCAGCUCGCUCAGCUCUUCGAGAGCGCCGGAAAUGUUGAGAUGGUUGAGGAGUUUGAAGGCAGACCCUUGAGGGUUAACGCUGGCCCUCCUCCACCUAAGAGGGAGGAAUCCUUCUCCAGAGGACCAAGAAGUGGUGGUUACGGUUCUGAGCGUUCCAGUUACGGUUCUGAGCGUUCCAGCUACGGUUCUGAGCGUUCCGGUUACGGUUCUGAGCGUUCAGGACGUUCUGUUUACGGUUCUGAACGUUCAGGACGUUCUAGUUACGGUUCUGAGCGUUCCAGCUAUGGUUCUGGGUCAGGCUCGGGCUCGGGUUCAUCAGACCGUGUGUACGUGGGCAACCUUUCAUGGGGUGUGGACGACAUGGCUCUUGAGAGCUUGUUCAGUGAGCAAGGAAAGGUUGUUGAGGCCAGGGUUAUCUACGACAGGGACACUGGUCGAUCCAAGGGUUUUGGGUUUGUGACACUCGGCUCUCCUCAGGAGGUCGCAAAAGCCAUCACUUCGUUGAAUGGUGCAGAUUUGGAUGGAAGACAGAUUAGAGUAUCGGAGGCUGAGGCUAGGCCACCAAGGCGCCAGUUUUGAGCGACCAUGCAAAAAAAUGCAGAUUUUGGAGGGUUAUGUUAUUGGUGCAGCGGCAUCGUGGCAACAGCAGCGGCAAGCACGACUUCGUUGUGUUGGGCUUUUUAGUUUUGAGUUUUAUUAUGUAAUUUGAAAUUUUUUUAAGUUGGGCUUUUCCCUUUUCCUAAUCGAUAGAGAGACUUUUAGGGGUUUUCCUAGUUUUCUAUUUAAGCAUUGCUUUAGCUUCACUGUUUCAUCAGUCUUUUUGAGAUUGGUUUAUGAAGGACGAGAUCUCUGUUUAUUAUUCCUUGUGUGUUCAUUUUAUUCAAUUCCUGCGAAUUGAUUGCUUCAGUUUCAUUUCAAAUUUUCAACCAAGUCACAUGGCCGAAAGAUAUUUGAAAGUUUAUGUACAGUAUCAAAAAAAUAUUAAUCAA